AUGCGCCUCAACCAGGAGAAAUGUUUUCUCAGUGUCACUGCUAGCACAUUUCUGGGCUACAUCGUCAGCGAACGAGGCAUAGAGGCUAACCCUGACAAAGUGCAAGCCAUCCUCAACAUGAAGUCUCCGUGGUUUUCAUGUAUUUGCAAGUCACUCAAAACAAAUUAUAAGGGUGAGUAUGUCAAUGUGGAUCCAAACAAUGCGUUAUGUGUGGAUGAUCUUGACCAAUACAAUGAGUGUAUCGCAGACAUAUACACAGCCCAAAUAUUGGAACCUUAUUGUACUGUUUCUUCUCCAAAUCCACUAGGGUCAGAGCGGGAUUCAGACAAUCUCAAUCAUGACUCUGUAAAUCUUCUUUCUCUUCCUCAACUUUCCAGGCCAUGGUGUCGAAGUUACAUUUAUCGUUUCUCUUAUAUUUGGGCGAAUGAUAAAACUGUUCAAGAUGCUCUUCAUGUUCGGAAGGGAAGCAUCAAGGACUGGCAGAGAUGCAAUAAGACCUUAUCAGCUUCAUAUAUAUCUGAUGUUUCUUCGAGUCUAGUUUAUCAUCAGAACCUCAUAAAAAAAGGCUAUCGAGUUCUGAUAUACAGUGGUGAUCAUGACAUGGUGAUUCCAUAUUUGGGUACUAUUUCUUGGAUAGAAUCUCUGAACUUGACAGUUGACAGUCGUUGGAAACCAUGGUUCGUAAAUGGACAAAUCGCAAGAUACAGAGUGCUGUAUACAUAUGAAAAGUACCAGUUGACAUUUACAACUAUAAAGGGAGGGGGUCAUACAGCUCCAGAGUAUAUAGACCUGAAGAAUGUCUUGCCAUGAUAAGUAGGUGGUUCGCAUUCUACCCUCUGUAAUCUGUAAUUGCAUUUACCUAGAUGUAUGGAUUUGAAGUUUUUCUGGGGAAAUUCUAUUCUCUCGCAACAUGUAUAGCAUUUCCAAUAU